AGGGAACCCAUAAGCAGGUCUGGCUGAAUCUGUCACAGACAAAGCAAGGAGAGGCUGAUGUAAAGCAAGUUUGUAUUCUCUGAAAUGGCAACAAUCUGCCAAACGCACGGUGAGGGGCUCAACCAGUGUCACCUGCGCAGCAUAGGCCGCAAAGCUUCUGUCUCCGGUGUUGCAGAGGUUAUCCAUUUUUAUAAGGCAGUUACCCUGAUUGGAAGAAACAAAGAUGUUGUGGACUAUUUCAUCAGUUGUCCAGUUUCAGAGAGAAGAGAUUACAUUUCCCGGACUCAUGCCAGAGUGAUUCGAACCAAUGAUACUUACAGACUUGUGGAUUCCAGCUUGACAGGUGUUUAUGUGAACGAUGUUAGAAUCAAUGGUACAGUUAGGUUGCAGGAAGGAGAUACUGUGACCUUUGGACAUCCUGCAGGGAAUGGUAUCAGGCCUGGAACACAAGUUCGUCAGCCAAAUUCAGAAUUUUACUUUCUGUUUGAACACUGUUACUGUAGGAUCGAUCAGUUGCGAAGUGCACGUGGAGAGAUGAGGAAUUCGCUACCACAGAUUCAGUUACCGCUGUUGACAUCUGAAGUAUCACCAGUGUACAACUCAGGUCUGGUCUUCGAGAACAAUGUUGGCCUUCCCAUUAUAUCCCAGCUGGCAUGGACUUCUACAGUAGUCCAAAAUAGUGGAGCUCCAUCUACAUCUAGCACACACUGUGGUGAUAGGCAGCCUCCCACACGAAGUCUUCUCUGUGUACAAAUUCUGUUAAUGUGA